GUGCAAACCCAAGACGCAGGAUCCUGCCGAGGGAAAGGGCUCCUUGAAAUCAUCACCACAGACCCUGCUGCUGGAAGUGCAGAGGAGCGGAGAGAAAAAGCCCCUGCAGCCAACCUCCUGCGGCUGAGAACUUAAUAGCAGGGCAAUGGCUUCAGGCUCCCAGAGCUUCUCUCUCACCUUUGUCCAGGGCAUGGGAUCUGUCUUCUUCAUCCUUCGGAUCAUCUCCGUUCAGGCUGAUGGGAAGGUGUUUGCACUUGAGUCCAAGAACAACUCUCAGGGUCUGAACCUAGCUGAGGCUGAGAAAGCAUGUGUUGACCUGGGUGCUCGCUUAGCAAUCGCAGAAGAACUGAAAAGGGCUGUUCUGGACUGUUCUUUUGCUGGCUGCACCACAGGAUGGCUGGCUGAUGGCUCCACUGGGACAAUUAUAUGCAGAAAGACGGGCAGCAAACAGCAGAGCGUGAAAGCCAUUGAUGUUAAAAUUGAAACCGAUCCCUUUGUGAAUGACCAAUAUGAUGCUUUUUGUGUAAAGGAUGAAGACAAGCCGUGUGGGGACCCGCCGUCCUUCCCUCACACCAUCUUGCACGGUCACACCGGCUUCGAGAUGGGGGACGAGCUGCUGUACGUCUGCGCGCAGGGGUACGCCAUGGGCAACGAGGAAAGUGCUUUCACGCUGCUCUGCGACAGCUGCGGGGAGUGGUACGGCCAAGUCCAGGCCUGCGUCAAAGAUGAGACCGAGGCGCACAUUGACUAUGAAGAUCAUUUUCCUGACGACAGAUCAAUACCUAUUGUUGAGAAUGAACAUGGCAAUGGCAAAGAGGAAAUCGAGCAGGAGCAAGAACAACUUUCCUUCACUAGAAGUACAGAGGAUGGAAGAACUGGAAGCACAAAAGAUGUUACUAAGGACAUAGAUACCCCUGAAAAAGGAAGCAAGGCACCAACUGAAUCCCCUGUCUCACUUCUGAGCCAAAAAAAUUUGUUUUGGUUUCCAUCAGAGGCUUUUAGUGAGCCUGAAUCAGAGAAAGAAACAGAUGAUUCCACUAAAGCACAAUUUUCCGAGGGUGAUAAUCACAUUGGGGUGAAGACAGUCUAUGAUGAACCUAGUGCCAAAAUGUUUUAUGACAGUGAAGAUUUCCCCAUUGGGCCAAUUCUCACGACCAAUGAUACAAAGGCAGAGAUAGAUACAGUUGCCAUUACUGACGAGUCAUGGUUAGAUGGUUAUCCAGUAACACAAGAAGUGGUAGAAGAUGAUGAAGAGGAGGGGGAUAAAGUUGAUGGAUCGAUGGGAACGGAAGAAGACAUCAUCCUCACAACGGACCAACCAAAUCACAUUGAAGUUAGAAAAUCAGGCAAUGGUAGCCCAGCCCCAGAAGAAGGUUUAACAAAGAUUGUGGCAGUGACAGCGAGGACAGAUGAUGGGGCCAAAGAGACACCAGUACCACUUACAUCAGUGAGUGGUCUGGAGACCCUAAGUGUGAGCAGAGGUUACGACGACACCACGCAGGAUCGCCGAACGACCUCUCUGGAGCUCACGACUCAGGAGCCCGGUACAACGGUGCUGUUUGACAUCACUAGCCUAAAGACAUUCAUGUCAGAAACCUCUGCGGUGGUCAGCCCCUUCGAUCACACUCCGUACGUGGAAGCAGAAGAAACAACGGCCUAUCCAGCACAAGUAGCAACCACUGUGCCAGCUCCAAAUAUCUUUACUGACACACCAUCCCAGGAAUUAGUUGAGCAAGAAAAUCUUACUCAAAGCCUCGGAGAAAAGCUUUUCCCCACUUCUGAACCAUGUGAGGGAGAGGAUUGUCCCAAGUCAAGUAAAGGUGCUAUCAUAGCAGUAAUUGUGAUUCUUCUGUGCUUGUUACUGGCUGCAGCUGUACUGGCGGUGUGGUUUUUCAAAAAACGGCAGCAAAAAAAUUCUGUCUAUAAACUGAAUGGAAGGUGUCAACCCAGACAUCAUUGCUACCACCACUAUCACCACCAACACAUUGAAAUGCAGAAAGUCUAAAUUAGAGUGUUUUGGGAGAGAUACUAGAAAUCAUAAGAAAAAUGUAUUGACGCUAGAAGGAUUACAUGACUCAUGGAUAGUAAAAUCCAGCAGUACAGAAAGCAGAAGAAAAAACACCCUAAAAGAACACAGAACACAGAAGAGACUUCGGCUUUUUGAAAUCACAGUUUAGCAUACCUGACCUUUCAGAGCUAAAGAAUCUAUAUGUUUUUGUCACAAGGGUCUUUUGGAGACAUCAGCAGGACACAAUGUGCUUAAUAAUACAUCUACAGUUUGUUCCGCUUUUACAUUUUGCUCCUAUUAAUAAUAAAUUAAUUGAUUAAUUUCUGUGUUACCUGUUUAUAAUCUAAUGGCAAGACUGGUCAGGCCUUUUCGGUCUAUUCUCUGUGGAAUAGGGAAAGAAGGAGGGAAGGACGGGAGAAGGAUGUUUUUUGAGCAACCACACAUUUGCUGUUUGCUCCUUCUUUUAGAAUCCAACUAAACUGGUCAGGAUAAACCACAGUAACAAAUUAUUACCUGAUGUGUCUUAAAAAGAAAAACUAUUUGUUACCAUACUUUAAUGGGUAGUAUUGCAAUGAUUACUAAGGCACUUUUUUUCAAUGUUGUAAAAUUAACAAGCCAAAAAUGUUGGGUCAUUAUGGUAUGUUUUUGGAAAGGUGUUCUUUUCGCCUUAGCAAAGAAGUGCAUUUUCUUACACAAAACUUUUUAUAGAUGUCAUGAUGUCUCCCUGAAAUUCAGAGUACUGUAGGUGCCAUCCUUCCUUUAAUAUUAGCAAGAGAAGAGUCAGAACACCCUCGAUCUCAGGUGUUAUGAUGAACAGCCUCUAAUUAAAGAGCCAGACAGCGAUGAAGCACUUUGCAACCCUACCUGAAGUCAGUUGCCUUUCUGAACAUAACUGCUCGCUCCUGAUACCAACUGAUCAAGAUGCUGAAUUUCAAUUCACAGCCAGUAAGUACCUUUGGACUGCUGAAGCCCUGUAUUUCUGCCAUAUGAGCUCUGAGGAAUGACCCGUUUUCACCAUCCUGCUCUUUCGUCAGUUGAGGGGAUGGAUGUAUGACCAUGCGGGCUAAGAUUGGCUAUGGGAGAUGGGUAUCCAUUAGAAAGCUGCUUACUGUGGCUUUAAAGAUAAAUCAAUCCUGAGAAAGAGAGAAAUUGCAUCUGGCUGAUAAAAUGCAAACACUUGGCUUUCAGACGGGGUGUUAGCGUAAAAAAACAGAGUCUUUUUCAACUUCACAUUCCGUUUCAAGCAGUUUUUAAGAAUAAACAUGGAGAGAGAUGAAGAUGUUUUCUAGAAACCUUUCAAAUAGUUUUGGUGCGUUUCAUGUUAAGUGUUCUUCCUUACCUUUCUGAAUGAACAAGAGGAAGACCGGCAACCAUGAAUAAUCUGCAGGUCAGAAAUGAAUUUGUCUGCCACUUUGCUGUACAAUCUUAGCCAAAAUACUGAGGUAGUUCAGCAGAUCAAAAUACUUGAGUAUGAAAAAGUGACUCAGUGGCGUCACACGGUUUUGCAUUCUGCCUGGGGUCACAGUGAUAAUUCUCUCUAACUCCAUGGAAAACAGACUUAUGAAACGGAGUGCAAAAUUUGGCCCAUCAUUUACCCAUCAAUAUUAAGGCCAGUAAGGAAAAUAAAGAAUUUUUAAAUAUCAGCUAUACAUUAUCUUGGAGAAUUUGACCUUAGUGUGGUAAGAGUUGAACCUAACUGCCUGGCUAGAGCCACAGUAAAUAGAGAUCAAUAGAAACUGUACAGAUUUGUAAAUAUUGUGUUCCCUGACAUACACAUGACUUUAUGCUUUUAAUGCAUUCUAGAAUAUGAAAUAACCUAGAAUUUCUGUUGUAAACUAUUUUUUUAUGCAGUGAUGUUUUUUAAAAAACGAAGGAUUUAGCACUAAGCAACUUUAUAGAGACUGUUAACUCAACUAAAACAUUCCAUGUGUAAUCUUGUGGAAUAAUACUGCAAAAUAAACACAGGAAAAUAAACACAUUUAAAAUAUUGUUUAUCUGAAAGCUACAAAUAUGUGUUACAGUUCUGUGCAGCAUCAUUCAAAAUGAAAUGUCAAUACUAUUAGGCUCAGUAGCUGAACAUGUAAAAAUCAGAGUCAAAAUACAAUUACAAACACAAACUGUACAGGGGUCUUAUUUGAGACUUAGAAACACUUGUCAUUCAUGACCAGGAGAAAAUGUACAUUAACAUAAUGCUUUGGAGCUAUUUAAAUAAAAAUGAAAUUAC